GUGUGGAAGAGAAUGAGAGGGACGGAGAGGUGGAGAAGACUCAACUUCUGCCAAUAGAAGAAAACGCUGUCUAUUUCUAUUUUUAUCUCAGUUACAAAACUCUCGGCUUGAUUUCUUCGCCUGUUAUUCACUCUGCACAGCUGAUCCAACUCUGGAAUUGAUCUGGUGAUUAACAGCAUCUAAUGGGAUUAAAGAGACUCCGUUAUCGAGGCAUAAAGGAGGACUGUCGGUUAUAAUAGCCUAAGUUUCAUUAGGUACGCGUUAAAAAAAACAACAAAAAAAAAACAAACAAACAAAACAAAAAAAAAAGAACCGGCGCAGAUAGUUGUGCGACGGCUGUACAUCCUUGCUCCACGUUAAAGGAAAUAGAUGUAUGGUAUUGACAGGAAUACUUGUGGAAGCUGUUCUUCGUGCGCCACGUUUGAAGACCUAACCCAGGCGAAACCAUCAAGUUCCUCUAAACAAGGCUUUGUGGACGACAACGCAUGAUUUUUGUGGUUGGUAUGACUUUUUAUGAACCUUUGCACGAAUGCAUUUGUCUUUAAACGGAGUGACUCAGGCAUUCGGAGUGACUUUCUCUGCCUAAAUGCUGUUGAACUUGAGCAGAAUAAAAAGCGCUCCUUACAGAAUGAUGGACUAAGGGCACGGAAGAUGGCAUCUGCGAUUUUUGAGGGCACAUCUCUGGUCAACAUGUUCGUGAAGGAUUGUUGGGUUAACGGCAUCCGCAGACUCAUUAUAAGCGGAGAGGAAGAGGAGUUCUUUGAGAUAAGGACUGAAUGGUCGGACAGAAACAUUCUCUACCUGCACAGAAGCUAUUCGGACAUGGGAAGACUUUUAAAAAGACUUGUAGAGUGUUUCCCCGAGGAUAGAAGAGAUUUAUCCAAGUCUCCUCUGAUAGAAGGGCUUGUGAAGAUUAAAGAAGCAAGAGACAUUGAGACUAAGCUAAAUGAAGUGGAGAGACUGUUGAAGAAUGCCAUUAACAUGCCCAGGAAGUUUUCUAGGUCAGAGGUUGUCUUAACUUUCUUUGAACGUUCGCCGCUAGAUCAAGUCCUGAGGAAUGAUAAUGUCCACAAGAUUCAGCCAUGUUUUCAGAGUCCAGUUAAGAUUUCAGAGAUUUUGAGGUCUAAUGGCUUUUGCCUGGCGAACACAGAGACCAUUGUAUUUGAUGAGAGCGUUCCACUGGACAAAGAGAGACCUUCCUCCACUGACUCAGCCCAGCACUCGUGUGAUGAAGAUGGAAGAGAAUCCCUGGAUCCUGUGGAUCAAGAUCUGAGUGAUGAUGACCCAGAGGCUUACGUCACUAACCUGUCCUACUACCACCUGGUUCCCUUUGAAACAGACAUCCUGGAGUGAUACACACAAUUCUGCAUGGGCAGAAACGUAUGAGGGCGCACUGCACCCCACCUCCCCUACUCGGAUAUCUUCUAUCCAGCAAUGGGAAUGUGCUGCAGUUUAGAUGCUUCUGCUGCUUGGUAGUGUUUUUGAUGGCAGUAAGAGAAGGAUAUUUUUAAACAGGCCAAAUGCAGAGAUUACCACUGACUUCCUGGAGCAGCUCACUGCUGUCUGUGUUGAUCAGAUUUGCUGGCCUGAGCCCACAAUGACACUGUACUCACCUACGUGCCUCAUUUUUUGACCAAAAAUCAAGCUGCUGACAAGAAAUCAUAAUAGGAACAAACAUGAGAAAAAAUUAAGAUGAAUGCUGCUAUUUCUGGGGUACAAAUUUGUGGAGGACUGGAAUGUUGGCUUUUUAUUUAAAGUCCAGGCUGAGUUGACUUUUUUUAGGAGUUGUGAUUCAUUUUGCCUGUUUUUCCAAAGCCUGAUUCCCAGAAAACCUGCUGGUUUUUUUUGUUUGUUUUUUUUUCCUCCCGAUAGAGUCUAUGCUAUGAGAUGUUUUUAGACAACUUGUGACUUUGGUUGAUGUUCUCUUUUCAAAUGCUCCUUUGCAAAAGAAUAUCAGGAGAAGAACGUGUAAAGAUGGAAGAUUGUGAUCUUAAUGGAACUCAUUGGAACUUGCAGUGUGGAUUCAAACACUAUUUCUUGACUGAAAUCAGCAAUGCUGUUAUGGAAAACUGGUUAUAAUCAGUGGUUUUCAUCAAGAACUUUAACACACUCCUCCCAGAUUCUUCCUUUUGUUACAGGAUGUUUAAUAAAAGGGUAAUUUCAUGGUGGAAAGCAGGAAGACUAUUUUCAGGGUAAACUUGUGUUUACUUACUCCAGGGGAAUAACUUUGGUUACUUUUAGCUUGUAAUAAUUUGUAAGAGAUGGCGAAAUCAUAAGAUAUCAAACGAAUUGGGUCGUAUGAAAAGGGAUGACUUUUUUUUUCCCAUAGAGACCAACCAAUCAACAAACAGAAUUUCAAAUCGAUACAAUACAGGCAUCAGAUUUUUGCUAGCCACCUAUCCAACACAUUAUUUUAAGAAAAGAAACAUCUGUGAACAAAUCUGGUUAUUCAUUCCAUACUGUAUUUGUUAAAUCAAUACAAAUUACUGAUGUAAAUUAAUAACCUGUAAAAUGAUUCCCUUGUUUCGUUCCAAACAGAUGUUUUCUUUCUUUCAUGGUACACUAAAGUUUUUUUCUACAAAAAUCAAGAUUAGGUUAAGGGUUUAGUAAGGGGUUACACUUAAUGGUUAAGUUUAGGUUUGGGCUAGGGGUUAAACUUCGUAGGAAAAAUCGUAAUAACUUGGUUCGUUGGUUCAUUAAUUUUUGUUUGUGGGAGUAAAAGUUGUACAUUUUCUCAUGAUUUCGCUAUCUCAUACUAUUAUUAUGACUUGUCAUGAGACCGGGCUUGGAACUUUACUGUUCCAUAUUCAAAUAUGUGUACUGUAGGUGCACUUGUAUUCUGAAUUGGAUGAAUUCUGAAUUAAAUCUUGUUAGCAGAAGAAAGAGGCAGCUGUUUAAAAUAGGACACUUUUACGACAACAACAGCAACAACUUUUCAUAUCAAAUCAAACUCAAAAGCCAAUUUAAAACCAUAGAUUUUGUUCACAAACCACUGCUUAAUUAAUCAACAACCAUUUCUGCACAAGAGUUUGCAAAGUGAAGCGUAUGCUUUGGGGAUUUUGUUUGAGCUUAAUGGGGAGAAAGUGUUAUUUGGUAAGAAUCCAAACUUCAUUCGUCACUAUGCAACGGCUUGGCUGAUGUGCCAGAGGGCCACAGUCUUGAAUGAGAGCCCCACAGGCCCUGCUCACAACUCCAGAAACAAGAAGCAUCUUUCUUCUAAGAAAACAAAUGGCCAUUUUGUGGAGGCAAGCACAACUUGUGUCUGUGUAAUCUUUGUGUGUGUAUGUUUACUUACUGUAAAAUAGUUACAGCAUGUAGAAAAGUUUUCAUAAAGAGAGAUGUGAUCAUGUUUACGACAGACAAUGCCCACAUCAGCAUAAAACUUUAAAAUGAAAAACAGUCCAUGACUAAACAGUUAUCCAAUCUGUUUCCUUGCCAUGUUGUAGCCAAUACCACUGUAGCCAAUGUUGAAAAUGACAAAGAAAAAUGACAGUUCUGUCAUUAUUUAUUCACCCUCAUAUGGUUCCAAACAUAUGACUGGGAGAUGUUAGGCAGAAUGUGAGCCUCAGUCAGCAUUAACUUUCAUUGGAUGGAAUAAAAGAUGUAAUGAAAGCAAAUGGUAACUGAGGUUAGUAUUGUUGGUAACAUCUUUAAUGUUCCACGGAGAAAGAAAGUCAUACAAGCUUGGAAUGACAUUAGGGUGAGUAAAUGACAGAAUUUUCAUUUUUCAGUGAACUAUCCCUUUAAAUCCCUCCCUAAAGUGUUUUGAGUGAAUUCUAUUCAGUGCAUACUAUCUUAUGGUCUUUCGUCUAUUGAAGGACUGUGGACAGUAGCUGAACUUUCCUCUUUCUUCUGGAAUACAAAGGACAUGCACACACACUUGGCACAAGGAUUUUAGUCCUCACAAACACACACAUGCACAAACACACCCCUACUUUGUAAUGCAGACAUGCUCUCCCUGCUACCCGUGAGAAAGUUUUGCUCUUUUUUGUUUAAUUCACAGAUUUCCGUUUUUUUUUUUUUUUUACACUUUUCUCUGUAUUACAAAGCAUACAAACAUGAAGAAUAUAAAGGAUGCCCUUUUAACUACGGGAGACUUGGUUAUAUAAUUGUAUUUGAGAUUGUAUUUAUAUACUUUUGCAAACAAACCAAUUUAAAUUAGCAUAAUUUAAAAUGUGCAUAUGUCUCAUUAUUAUGAGAGCCUCAGACAUUGACUGGUCAGCCAUAAAACAUUCCUUUGUGACAUCCAGAAAUACACUCUCCUGCCUCUUGCACAAAAUACCAGAGGCUGCUCUUAGACUGUCUGCACACUUUAAAUGAAUUUUCUCAUAAGUACUGAACUGUAAACUAUUUAGAAGUAGACAGCUCUGCCUUCAUCUUGCAUUUAUGCAAGUCGUAUUGAAUACAGGAAAUAGGGCAAAUGACUGGAGUGUGUUUGCUUGAUUAAAGUACAUGAUUUACAGUAAGACAUGACCAAAUGCAUAGCACAUUAGAUGUCAAACACAAAAGAUUUUAUAGGAGUUAUUUUUGUUUUCAUGUAAUGAAUAUUUGUAUAAGCAUCACAAGGAACAGGUUCUUUUUCACUGUGUUUUCAAGGUUGUAUAAAAUACACAUUUUAUAUACAGCAUUAAUUUAAUGGUUCAUUUUCGACUGAGGAAAGGAGUACAUCACAUCAUGUAUAUCGCUAAUCAUAAUAAUUAAUAUAUUUGAAGAGAAAUGCAUAUUUGUGAAUAAUUUAUUCAGUAUAAAACAUGCCAUUAAAGCUUUUAUGUUUAAACAAUGUUGAGUGUGUGUUAUGUUGUGCUCUCUGUUUCAAUCUCAGACUGGUUUCGCUGCGAUAUUAAGCAAAAAGCUUUUCAAACUAGCAGUUUCAUAUGCAUGCAAGUCUCGAUUUAGAAAUCUUACCCUGUUUGUACAGCAUGUAUCAUAAGAUCUGUUUUUUCUCAUCUGGUAGACGGAAAAAGAACGGUCAUUUCCUCUUUCUGAUGAGUUCCACUUUAAGACCAGCAUGAUUUAUUUAAAGCUCAUGACGCCUGCUGUUCAUUCAUAUUUUUGUUAUUU